CAACUUUUUCAGUUACAAUACGGAAUGCUUGAACGAACUGGUCAACUUUAAAUUGACGGUUAUCUUCAUGCAUGCUGAAGAAUGUUUGACGUUUUGUGGAAUAGAGCUAAAAGUUUGAAUGCCAACAAUGUAAUAUUUGUGGUGCUAUGCUGUAUCAUUGGCUAUCUGUUCCGCGCCAAUGAUUCCUAUAUACUAAAGCCAGUCUGGCGUAAGCGUGUGGAAACUCAGGCCUACGCUAAUGCAGCCUUCCCCACAAGACGGGACCGUGUCCCACCUCCUGUAAUUACCGACCUUGAGGGUGAUGGAGUCAAUGAGAUCCUCCUGAUUUCAAGUGACUUCAAACUGUCUUCCCUGGCACUUCCCAAUGUGACACAGACCGACGAAGAUGACCAAACUCUUCCACAUGUCAUCGUCAAACACAAGGUGGCACUCUCACUGGCUGAUGAAUCCAAUAGAUGGAAGAGCAGACCUGUUGUCAUGGAAACAGGAUUUACUGUACCUUACUUGUCUCUUAUGCAAAUAAGAAAACAGAUUAUCGUAAUUGUCACUGAUGAUUGGCAUGUACUGUGUUAUGACUCCGACCUGCAGUUGCUAUGGAAAAAGAAACUGAUGGAUAUAAGUCACGUAAAGGACACUUACAUUGUAAAGGAUAUGGGGGUCAUUAUCACACCUCACAAAGUCAGAAAGGAUGACCAUGGCCUCGUCAUCAUUGGGGGCAGUUUCACACACAAAACACACGGCAAAAUUGUCACACACAAUGAGACGGACAAUGAAACAGAACACACUACAGAGGACAACACCUUGACACAUUUCUCGUCGUUUGCUCUCAAUGGCAUUGACGGUACUCUAAGAUGGCACCAUCUGCCGGGCGACUUCGGUGAACCUGUCGCAGAUGUAAAGGACAUCCAUGGUGACCACCACUGGAAGCUGGCACUGAAGCGCCGCCGCCUUCAUGUAGGGGAGUCCCCCUGGAACCUGUACCGAGAUGAACUCCUAUCCUUCCUGCCCUUUGGUUGGCAGUCCAUUGACGACACCAAACUGACCCUGGGACAUUUCCAGAAGAAGGGAGAUAUUUUACCAGACUCCCCUGAUGGUGAGCGGUCACGCCUUGCCCUCACCCCUGAGCAUGUGAUGGGAUACAGCUACGGAGGCCAUCGCCCACACAGUGACCACGAACAUGUAGCCAAUCCUAAUGCCGUCAUCAUUCACAACCACAAUGGUUUGGAGGUGCUUAACCUACUGACAGGACGUCCCAUCACAGAGUUCCCCCUCCCUCCUGACGGGUCUCUGUACGUAGACAUCGACAACGAUGGUAACCAUGAGAAGCUGGUGUGGGGCCAGGCUGCAGGGGUCCGGCCUUGUCACAUAGAGAUCUGGCGUCUACAGCCAGUCAAGGAGAAGGUCAACCAGCUGCCAGUUUGUCGGCUGACCCGAGUCUUCUUCACCACUUCCUGGGUUUAUGAUGAGGACAGUCUGCAGAAGGUACCACCAGUCAUCAUAGACAGUAUUGCCAAGAAAGCUGGGAUUUUCCGUUUCCUGUUGGGUCACCAUCUACCCACAGGCAAAAAGGAAUAUGACAUCAUCACAACAGGAGGCAUGGCCCGAGUCUCUUCCUUUGAUAAAGAGGGCAACGUCAACUGGCAGGUACAGACGUCAUACAGGUGGGCUGAAGCAGCCACAGAGAUACGCACAGCACAGCAGUCCAACCCAUCUCAGUACAAAGAGUUCACCAAGUCCUUCCGGCCCAGCACCAUUCUCACCUCAAUACAGGUGUCCGAUAAAAGGAAUGUCCUGGUCCUGGCAGCCUACAAAGGAUUGUCAUUGGUUGACCUGGUAGGUGGUAGACUAUUGGCUGAACACUCGUUACCAUGCCUACCGACAGCACCAACUGUGGCAGGCGACUUUGACAAUGAUGGUCUUACGGACUUCAUAGUAACCUGUAAGAUGGGGUACCUGGGGUUCACACUUCACCACCACACCAACCAUACGUACACCAUCCUGUAUGCCAUUGCUGUAUUCUUCACCAUCCUCCUCCUCUCCUGGUUCUGUACCCCAGAGAAUUACUACGACGAGGAAGAUGAUGACCACCUAGAACUACCCAAUGAUGACUGAAGUAACGGGGAACAUGUCGGCUAUGAACCGAAAAUUUACCACGUCAGAAAGAGAUGAAAAAAUGACACAUAAUGGAAGAUAUAAGGAAGAGUGGAACUAUCAACAGUCCUGAUUGGAAAACAAAGAAAGUGACUAAUAACAAACAAGUUAUUUAUCAAUGUUUGAUAACAUAACCAUUAAGCUACAGUGCAGCAGUACAGCCUAGUUUAGAGCUGAGAAUGUAGGCUCAUCACAUACCUUAUAUUGAAAAGACAACAAGAAAAAUGGUUUGUGCUGAUGUACUGCCGAUGUCAAAUGGGGCAAAGGGUAAAGAUUUCCUGAAAUCAUUCAAACAACUUGAUUAAAUCGGGGAUGUUUUAUUUGUAUUUAGAUUGUUUUCGGAGAAUGCCUAAGUGUAUAUAAGUACCUUGUUUCUAAUUGGGUAUUGUCGGGGCAUUUUCUCACUGACCAGCUAGUUUAGGAGUCAUAUAGUUGCAUAUUCAAUGGCCAAAUAUCUCAUUUAACAGCAAUUACUAAAACGUGUAGUAUUGUAUUGUGCUAGCAGGCACCCAUCCAGCCACUGGUCAUGCUAGACGUUGCUGAACAAGUGAGGAAGACCAAGGGUCAUACUGCAUCGUUGGAAAGUAAGCUUGCCAAUAAGGCAGUAUUUUCCCCUCUUAUUCCUAGGCUGUUACACUAUUCCUCCUCCGAGGUGUCUUAUCCUGAGACUGAUAUUGGGAAUCCUGUGGGUCCUCCCUAUGAACUAAUGCACCUUCCCUAAACACUGGGAACUGGUCUUGCAAUGUACCUUAGGAUCCCACCGCUGCCACCAAAUGUAGCGUGCCAUUGAGCAUCCAUGGGGCCACUGACCAAUCCCAACAUUGCUGAAAAAGGCAGGGAAUCACAUCGUUGGAAAGUAACCUUGCCAUUAAGUCAGUAUUUUCCUCUUAUUCCUUUGUUGUUAUAGUUCUACAGCACAGUACAUAUGCUUGUGUGUUCACUCACCCAUUUUUUUAAUUUUAUUUAAGUGCUAAGUAGUGUUGUAUG